AGGAGAGAGCCAGAGAUACUCUCCCUCUGUGCCGACACUUCAUCCAUUUACGCCUGAUAUAACUACUUAGUGUUUUGCUCUUACGAUGUCUGCCAGUGUCGGUCUGUGAGGAGGACUUGUCUCACGGUUAUCCUGUUAGCUGCUUACUCCGGCUACAUGGCCAGCUAGCACAACAAAGCUAACUGCUGUUAGCUUCUGGCUUCAUCUCACCCGUAGCCGGCGAAGUGAAGAGCCGAGAAGGGGAAUGGCAAGAGUUUGCUCGGGUAGCCCUUCCAGAAGAAACAACGACUAACCAGAAUCAACCAACCUCUAUUUAUCUACUUAUUUGAAUCACCGGUUGUCGGUGUCACUGUAAUCCCCACCAUGGUACAGAAGUACCAGUCGCCCGUGCGGGUGUAUAAGUACCCCUUUGAGCUGGUGAUGGCGGCUUAUGAGCGCCGGUUCCCCACCUGUCACCUGAUCCCUAUGUUUGUGGCGAGUGACGUGGUGGAAGAGGAGACCAACGAGGACGGCUCCACCACCCGAGUGCAGCGCCGCUGCGCCCUGGAUGUUGACGCCCCGCGCCUGCUCAAAAGGAUUGCGGGUGUGGACUAUGUGUACUUCAUCCAGAAUAACACUCUCAACCGCAAGGAGAGGACACUUCACAUCGAGUCCCAUAAUGACACCUUCUCCAACAGAGUCAUCAUCCAUGAGACCUGCUGCUAUUCGGUUCAUCCGGAGAAUGAUGCCUGGACGUGUUUCGAGCAGACCGCCAGCCUGGACAUCAAGUCCUUCUUCGGCUUUGAGAGCAACGUGGAAAAGAUUGCUAUGAAGCAGUAUGCCAGCAGUAUCAAAAAGGGAAAAGAAAUCAUCGAGUUCUACCUGAAGGAGCUUGAAGAUGAAGGGAUCACCCAGGUGCCGCGCUGGACUCCCUCCUCCCUCCCCCUGCCUGUCUCCAGACCCACCAGCCUCUUCACCAGCCUACCUGUCCCCCCCAAACCCGCCAUCACCCUCCCCAUUUCUAUCCCGCUGCCCAUCAACGCUAAGGACAGCAACUCUCAGGAGGACACGCAGGACAGCAGCACACUUCAGGCAGACGUCCUGACGGAGAUCCUGACGGGGACACCCGAAGAUAAGUUGGAUGCGGACUAUAUCAAACGUUACCUAGGCGACCUGACCCCCCUGCAGGAGAGCUGUCUGAUCAGACUUCGCAAAUGGCUGCAGGAGACGCACAAGGGAAAGAUCCCUAAGGACGAGCACAUACUGCGCUUCUUGCGUGCCAGGGACUUCAACAUGGACAAGGCACGGGAGUUCCUCUGCCAGUCGCUGACCUGGAGGAAGCAGCACCAGGUGGACUACCUGCUGGAGACCUGGAGCUCACCUCAGGUCCUCCAGGACUUCUACACCGGAGGCUGGCACCACCACGACAGAGAUGGUCGGCCUCUGUACGUCCUGAGGUUGGGUCAGAUGGACACCAAAGGACUGGUCCGCGCUCUCGGAGAGGAGUCUCUGCUCAGACACGUGCUGUCUAUUAAUGAGGAGGGGCUGAGGCGCUGCGAGGAGAACACAAAGGUGUUCGGCCGACCCAUCAGCUGCUGGACGUGUCUAGUGGAUCUGGAGGGGCUGAACAUGCGUCACCUGUGGCGGCCGGGGGUCAAGGCGCUGCUGAGGAUCAUCGAGGUGGUGGAGGCAAACUACCCCGAGACCCUGGGCCGGCUGCUCAUCCUGAGAGCGCCCAGGGUGUUUCCUGUCCUCUGGACCCUGGUGAGUCCAUUCAUCGAUGAAAACACCCGCAAGAAGUUCCUCAUCUAUGCCGGCAAUGACUACCAGGGUCCUGGAGGGCUGGUGGACUACAUCGACAAGGAGAUCAUCCCUGACUUCCUGGCAGGAGAGUGUAUGUGUGAGGUACCGGAGGGCGGCCUGGUUCCUAAGUCCAUGUACCGCACAACCGAGGAGCUGGAGACCGAAGAUGUCCGCCUGUGGACCGAGACCAUCUACCAAAGCGCCAGCGUCUUCAAGGGAGCUCCACACGAGCUUCUGAUCGAGAUCAUCGACGCCUCCUCCGUCAUCACCUGGGACUUUGACAUGUGCAAAGGCGAUGUGGUCUUCAACAUUUACCACUCCAAGAGGGCCCCCGCACCUCCUCGUAAAGACCCCCUGGGAGCACACGGCAUCACCUCCCCCGUGGGAAACAACGUCCAGCUGAUAGACAAGUCCUGGGUGCUGGGGAAGGACUUCAGCAUGGUGGAGUCCCCCCUCACCUGCAGGGAGGGCGAGAGUGUGCAGGGCUCCCAUAUCACGCGUUGGCCUGGUUUCUACAUCCUGCAGUGGAAGUUCCACAACAUGCCGGCCUGCUCCGCCACCAACCUGCCCCGAGUGGACGACGUGCUGGCCACCCUGCAGGUCUCCUCGCACAAGUGCAAAGUCAUGUUCUACACCGAGGUGCUGGGCUCUGAGGACUUUAGGGGCUCCAUGACCAGCCUGGAGUCGAGCCACAGCGGCUUCUCUCAGCUCAGCGCUGCCACCACAUCCUCCAGCCAAUCACAGUCCAGCUCUAUGAUCUCCAGGUAGAAGCUGAGGACUUCAAUCCCCACAAUGCCCCUCUCCACUGCCCUUACCAACUGUCCUCCCUCCCUCCUUCCCUCCUUGUCUUUGGACUCCAUUGCACAGCCAGUCUCUUCGGAACUGAAGCAUGCUUGCACAAACAGAAGACAAAGAAUUUAAAAAUUAUAUACGAGGCAAAAAGAAAAAAAAAUCAAGGGCUGAUUUUUUGCACAAAGGUAAUAUAUGUUGUUGUGCCUGGUAUCUGUACUGGGCAGCAGUUUGAAUUAUCAGAAUGUUUGUGUUGAAAUGUUAAAGGUCGGAAGAUAAAAGGCGGUGCGUUCGCGGCACCAGAAGCUGAAAGAAGCAAUAUUCUCAUCUGGAGGAGUGGCGGGCCCAGAUGAGGACCCUGGAGGCGCUGUUACAUAUAUGCAUUCAAAUCUACACAUCUGCACGGCGCAUACCUCAUCAUGUGCGCUCUCCGAAAAACUGUUACAGACAAACACCUCCACACAUAUAAACACACAUGGAUUGACAGUGUUUUGCCAUAUUCCCAGAGGGGUUUGUUGAAUCUGGUGAAUUGUUUAUAGGUCAAAUGUGGAUGGAGGAAAACUCUGAACUGAACUUGGGUCAAAGAUCAUGUGCAAAUAAUUAGUUUUUCAAUUUGAAGGAGCUACGGAGCGGGUGGAGCUCACAACAGAGUGGUGCAGUGAUGAUGUCAUUUGAAAUGCCGACCCGGAAGUAAGCUUCAAAGAGCUCCCUCGAGAUGGGAUUUUUCCACUGGAUUUCGUAAUUUUGCAGAAAAUUUUUGGCAAACACGUUUAUGAUACUUACAUUGAUGUUGAGCAAGGUAUCUCCUCAUAUUCACACAUUUACCAUUUUUGAAGCGUAACUUAAAUUGCAAGAAGUAAAAAGCUAACGCUUUAAACAAACUACAUCAUGGUCGCAUGGCUGCGCAUCACCACCGCUGAGCCAAAGACGGCUAAUGUUCUGCCUCAAUUAGUCACUUGUUAACAACCACUGUUUUUAUUACGCAUAGAAGCUUCAGAUAUGUAUUAGUGGAGUAUUUACCGACGUAUUUUGUGUUUUAGAACAAAACUUGAAAAUCUCUUAAACUUACGUCAGAUCUUGUUUCAGUCAUCUAACCAAAAGCAUGAAAAAAAACCUUUGAGAGAAGGGAAGCGGAAGUAGUACAUGCUAACUCCUUUCUGGGUUUUAGGACUCAUUCCUGCACCGCUUUAUGUAGAUAGUGUCAGCAAAGUUGCUAGUUGGUGAGAAAAUAAUAUUCCUUUUUUCCUGCGCCUGUGCACUUUUUUUAUUGUCUCCUUUGAAAAACCCCACCCGCCCGUCUCACGAUGGCUUUAUCACACAUUGAAAAACAUUGAAUAUUUGACCCGGGUCUUAGCGGCGUAAAUCCGCUAGAAGCAAUAACAAAAGUUUGACUUUCUACUGUGUGAAAUAUUUAUAUUUAUCAUUGAGAUGUACGUGGAAGAUUAUGGGUGCUGAUUGCAGAUUUAUGUUGUGAGUUGCGUACAGGCGGGCAAACUGAGCCACAAAGUCUGUGUCAGGAGAGAAACAAAAAUAAGUCGCCAGAUUUUCUCCUUGACACCUUUUUUUAUUUUCCUUUGAACGACUUACAGUUUGUUUGCUUCCUGUCCAGCGUGUUCACGUUUGAGAUGCGAAAUCAAGUCGUUAAGGUGAUGCCUAGCCUGAUUUGUGAAUGUGCAACUGAUUUUGAACACAUUUUGAAGGUCGUGAUGCAAUCACUCAACUUAUUUUUCAGAGUGGUGUAGAUUUCAGCGUGCAUUAAGGAUGAAUGUUACUGAGUGAUUAUCAUUGAUACUGUACAUGUGCUAGUGUUGACUGGGGUUGUGUUUUGAAGGUGAUGGGGUGACGCAGUGUGCCGUGUUUACUGCAUGCUCGCGUGGUGAUCGGGUUUACAGAUCUAUAUUAUUUAAAAGAUUAAGACAUAGCCAUUUUAAGAGUUGUGUCAAUAAAUACCAUGUUAGCCUUUGUAAGUUAGAAACGUACCUGCUUUUUAUUUCAAGGUCACUACUGUAACCAAUCGAAUUAACAUUUCUAAAUGCAGCACAUCCAUGCAACAGUUUUUGCUGUGGAGGGCGGAGAUGACCGCCAUUGCCAAGAGUCAUUGUCAUGCUGUUGCCAUGGUUAUCAAGUGCAGCUGACGGCAACAAACAGAAAGAUAAGACGGAAAAUACUAACCCUGUCUGUGGUUGUUUUUGAUAUAUGAAACUUAUUAUUUUUUUAACUAUUAAAGAAAGGUCAAGGGGUUAACUUGUUUAUAUCAUUAACUGCAAUAACAUGACAUGCUUUACUGAGUGAAAGGACCUCCUCAGAUUGUUGGGCUAUUUAUAGUGUGUAUGAUGGUGUAAAAGAAUAAAUGCUAGAAUGGAUAAAAGAUGUGCUUGUAAAAGAGCCUCUCUCUGAAGCAUGUCUGGUCUCCUGCUUCCCCAGGAGGCUCCAUUACUCUGUCUUCAAUGGUUCCUCUGAUGGUAAAUUACCAUUUUCAGAUAAAACUACUCUUAUAGUUCUCUUUGUCUCUCUUUCUCUAUCAACUUUCGUUAUGUGUACACUUGCUUUCAAACAUUGUGUAUAUCGUACAAAGCAAAUUGGAUCUUUUUUGAAGCCAUAGGCAUAAAGACGUGUACUCGGAUCAGAUGUUUUUGUGUUCCACAUACCUGAAAACGUCCUUCUUCUCUGACUUUAGCACUUACACUUACAGAUGAGGGCUAUAACCGUUUGUCUUGUUUAUUAUCUUUCUCUCUACUUCGCAUAUCUUCUCUUUACCUUGAUGUGAGGAAUAAUGUUGAAAGUACAUGUUUGGAUAAAAAGAGAAUAUGGCGCCUUUAAUUUUUUUUGAAAACAUUAAACUUGAAUUAUGAGAAAAUA